UACCAACAGACACCUCAAUUGAUCACCACAACCUCACCUCACCACCAACCAACAACUACCACAACGCCUUCACCACCACCACCACCACACCAACCCACUCCAAGAUUAAGACCAAACCAAGACCGAAAGAACAACAACCGACAAAAUGCCCCCCAAAUCCAAAUCCAAACCCCAACCCCAAUCCUCCGGGCUCAAUCUCCAAAAAAUCUACCUAACCCUCUACAACACGAUCUCCCUCCUCCUCUGGACCACCUGCACCAUCCAAACCCUCCUCCACCUCCUCCCUCCCACCCCUACACCCUUACCCCAAAUCUUCACAAACGUCUACCCCCUCCUGCAAAUCACCCAAUCCCUCGCCCUGCUCGAAAUCCUCCACAGUAUGAUCGGUCUCGUGCGCGCGCCGGUCAUGACGACUGUUAUGCAGGUUGCGAGUCGGAUUUUGUUGGUUUGGGGGAUUAUGUUUCCGUUUGGGGGGGUUGUUGUGGGUGAGACUGGCAUUGGGGGGGAUGGGGUGAAGACUGGUGAUUGGGGGUUUCUGGGGUGUAUGGCUGCGUGGGGCGUUACGGAGAUUAUUCGGUAUGGGUUCUUUGCGUUGCAGGUUUCGGGGGUCGGGGUGCCGGGGGUUUGGGGGUGGUUGAGGUAUAACACGUUCUAUGUGCUGUAUCCUCUUGGGAUCAGCAGUGAGUGUAUUAUGGUGUUCAAGGCGUUGGGACCAGCGGGGGAUGUGAGUCCGUUGUAUAAGUGGUUUUUGGUGGCCGUGUUGGGUAUUUAUGUUCCUGUAGGAUCGUAUAUUCUGUAUACGCAUAUGAUUGCGCAGAGACGCAAGGCGUUGAAGAAGAAGCUUUAA